AGUUGCGAACCAGAAACACAAAACUGCUGGCUGCAGCCGAGAGGAAAAAACUUCGAACUUGGAGAUUUUCUUCAAUCGUCGUCGUCGUAAGAUCAUCGUCGCGGGACAGCCUCUGUAUCUCUGUAUGGUGCGCGGAUUGGAUUUCUUCAGCUACUAUACUUUUUCGUCCAUCCGAUCGAAGUGAGGGUGAAUCGUUUCUUGUGGCCUAAACUCCAUCGAAAUCGCGAUCCGCAGUUUGUGCAGUGAAUGGUGGCUAUAUCGGUGUCGGCUGUGUGUUUUACGGAAGCUGGUGGAAAUAACUAGGUAUUGUAAAUAUUCGAGAGUGGCUGGAAUUUUCCUUUUGGCAAGUGUGCGGAAAAAAAAAAUCUGAUACGAUUUCGCGAGGGGAAGCACAUCAUUCAAUCGUAGUCAGUAGAGGAAGCUGCUGUUGAGAAAGAGUGAGGUGAAGACGCAAGAAGCGCAGCUCAAGGAAUCGUCUUUGUGUGUGCUGACGGCUUCUGAUUCGGACGGACGACGAUGCUGACUUGCUGCUAAUGAUGAUGAUGAUGUUGAUGUGAUAUUUUUUUUCCUCGUAGUAGAUCGGAUGGUCAUGUCUAAAGGGGCAUUAUACAUUCGAAGCAACAGAGCAGCGACCAAAAAUCUCUUGAAACGAAGCAAUAAGUGAAACAGAAAAGUGUUCCCGUUUGGGGCCCGCGCUCUUGAAACUCCGGAGUGGCAGUGCGUGUGUUCUUUUUUUUGCAUUGUUUGCCCCGCGAGGCCAGUGUUCCGGAGAUAAUUUAUGCUGUUGAAAGAAUUUGGAAUUUGGACCCAUUCGGCAAGUGUUUUGCUAAUCGUGUGAGACGAUCAUAGAAGAGCCAGGUUGAAUCGAAUGUGCGAAAGCGUAUAUUCGACAUUUAAAGCAAUUCUCAUUGAUACAGUUGCUUUCCUGCUGAGCUGCUUUUAAGUUGAGCGAAUUUUCGCAUCUGCAGGCGAACGACAAUAGUAUUCGCAAGUUUAUCGAGUCGUCAUAAUCAUCAAGAUCGUCCGCGGCCCGUGGCACUUGAAUAAAAUUAAAAACAAUCGACAGACUGACGGAUUUUUCGAUGUUGGAUUGAAAAGUGAAACAAAAGCAGGGACAGACUAGCGCACGCGACAACGAAGCAAUAAUAAUGUAUAUCGAUUAGCACAGAAUCAGCAGAGCGCUAGUCUGCGACCAGUGAAGUCGGAGGAAGGUUGUCUAUAUGCCGAUAGAGAACGACACGAUGGAUUGUGACCACAUUCAAGUUCGCGUUCCAUCGUUGUCGUCGCACCGCAGGUGAAUCACUGUAAUUAGAAAUUUAAUGAAGAUAAGAAAAGCAAUGUUGUGAUUCAGUUUUUAUUACUACGAUUUAGUGAUUGUGUGUGUGUGAAAUGAUAAUUACGCAAAUUUGUGGCCUCGAUAAUUUAGUACCGGGAGCUGUUGAGUGGUGGCGUCUACAGUUGUGGUAGAGAGCGUGCUCGGAAAAGUUGUCGAAGAAGUUAAGAGGCUAAGAUUUUCCGGAGAAGAAACGACGGCGAAAGAGUGAUAUUGAGGAAAAGCUGUUGCGAUUUACGUGCAAAUUGGCACAUUCUGCCAAGGGUGAAAACGAAGCAAGUUUCGCUUUGAUAGAGCUUAAAGUUUUCCGAAGGGCGAAAGUGUUGUGAAAUAAUUGCGUCGGAGUGAAUGACACUGAUAGGGCCCGGUGCCCCAGGAAUGGCAUUUAUGAUGAAGAAGAAAAAGUAUAAGUUUACGGUUGAACUGCACCUGGAGGAGCUGGUGGAGGUGCCGUUUGUGAAUGCGGUGCUGUUUGCGAAGAUACGACUGCUGGACGGUGGAUCCUUCCAGGAACACAGCAAUAGGGAAGAGGUGAAAAACCAUACCGUGAAAUGGGGCCAAAAGUUCGAGUUUCCCUGCAAGAUGACAUCGAACGCAUCCACUGGCGUGCUGGAUCCCUGCACGGUGCGGAUAUCGGUGCGAAAGGAGAUUAAGGGUGGUAGGAGUUUUCAGAAACUAGGUUUUAUCGAUUUAAAUUUAGCUGAAUUUGCGGGUUCCGGUCUGACGUCUAGGAAGUGUCUCUUGGAGGGAUACGAUACCCGGCAUCGGCAGGAUAACUCAAUGCUGAAUGUGUCGUUACGAAUGCACAUGAUUCAGGGUGAUAUUUUGUUCAAAGUUCCUUCGCCAAGCCCCAAGUCGAAAACCAUCCCCCAGGAUAACCUCGGACUUGGCCUGCAACCUCCAGUGUCCGUGGUGGGCCCACCUGCGGUAGUAGCCGUCCCAGCAGCUGCCAAUCGCGUAUCAACCAAAGACGAUUCAUCAAUAGCGUCCGGUUCGUCCGGAUUCGAUUCGCUGACCAAGAAGAAACCCCCACUGUUUGCCACUGCGGAUUACCAACAAUCAAUCGAGCUGGAUCCGCAGUCUUUCCUAGUGACCGAUUCCGGUAUUUCUGAAUCUUCCGAACCGCCAUCGUCGCUGCUGCUUGAUUCGAGUGCAUCCCAGGCAACACUUCCUUCGCAUCUCGUAACCGGUGGCACCAAUGCACAGUGUAUAGGCAAUGUAGCAAGCUCAACGAGUAUAGUGAAUACCGCAGCCGGAACGGUGUCCGGUGCUGUCGAAAUGGGUCAUUCCCGUAACUCCAGUAAUACUAGUCAAAUGUCCAAAGGAUCCGGUUACAGUAGUUUUUCCCAUAGUCAGCACUCGAGGCAGAGCUCCGAGGGCGACUCUGGACAUCAAAGGUUACGUCCGUCAUUGCAAGCAAAGAGCCAAGAUGCUCAGAAGCAAGCUAGCUAUCCUUCUACUACCCUUGUUAAUGGUUAUCGUUUUGUUAAUGCCAAUAAAACAUUCACCACCAGUGUCACCGGGCCGGGAAUGACCGUCGGGUUUGGACCCGGCAGCGGUGGUAGCAGCUCCGAAGGGACACCCACGAAGGUUGUAAAUGGCCAUCGUCUGUUGGCCAAGCUGCGAAUCCCCCACAGUCCCAAUUCGGACUCGGGUGAUGACAUUUUCGUUACUCCGGACGUCACUGUCAUGUCGGACGAAGGUGCAUCGAGCGGGGAGAGGACUGACUCUGGGAUGGACGAAUUUGGUACCCCCACGUCCGAUGUUCCGCUCUCGACGCUGAUAAAGAUUAAGAGUAUGAACAACCUGUCGGUGACCAAAAGCAAUAUUUUCUUCCCAGAAGAGGACAUUGAUUGCGGGGCUGGAGAUAAGAACCGUACCAUCGGAACUCCAGGCCAACAAAUGAACUUGGGUCGUAUGAAAUCCUUGGGUAACCUAUCGGCUUACGAACGCGAGUUCGGGACAACCCCUGUAGAUCUAUUGAAGCUCAAAAAAGACUUUGAAACGCGACGGUUCAGUUGUGCCAGGAUGAAGUCUCUGACAGACCUAAAUGAUGACAAAGAAGAUGCUAUGGCACAACGAAGAAAGCAAGUUUCGAAAGAGAACGUUGAACAACGAACAACGAGGAAUCCAAUCGAAGACAGAAAAACUGCUUUCCAACGGAAUGGAGCAGACCUGCCCAAUCGGUUUCAACCGUUCCAAAUGAGAAAUUCUUUCCACAGUGGCAUCUAUCGGAAAAAGGCGGGCAUCGGUUACACUCGCUACAUAGGCAUAGAAGACGACACUCCGUCACCACUGACAAAAAUGAACUCCAUUCCCAGCCUAAGUGCAACGGAUCGUGUCGAUCAUAAUCCAUUCCUAACACCCAACAUAGGCCGGAAGCGGUUCUCCUCCUCCAGCAACAGUCCCGAUGAAAACGAUCAAUCUCCGGUCGAGCUGCGAUUCUCGCGAAAACUCGCCGAAGAUGUCGCUGCCUCAGCGAACUUACUUAAGACGCCCUUCGAGCGUAACUUCCGGAAAAGCUCUCCUACCGAAGAUUUCCGACUUUCUCAUCCGAUGGCACCAUUCCGACAAUCCGACAGUAACUUUUACAAUAUCAUCCGCAAUUACCCCAUCGGAAAAUCGUCUUCGGCUAACCUGGAGUGGCUCAAGCACCGUUCUUCGUACAAUAAUUUCCCACUGAGCGUAAAACCAACUGUAACCACACCGACGAUGACGGAAUCAACCUCCUUAACAGUCACGGCGCCAAAGGUGACCACUUCCUGCAACGGAACGGUACCCAGUUCACCGCCAUCCAAUCAGAACGGUUCUCGCGUCUAUCAUAGGAACAUUUGCGGCCUGCACCGCCGACUGCUGGAUGGUAGCACCCGUCAAUUACCCACACUAACCCCCGUAGCACCAACAGCAACAGCAGCUUCGGCGGCAUGCGGUGGAGGUAGCACGUCGUUGCCGCAAACGGCUUCCAUCAGUCCUCAGUCGGCAUCUUCGUCGGCUGUGGCUGUGACUGUGACCGGCAUCGGCAUAGACCUAGAACGAACCAACGAAAAUCAGUGUUCGCCGUUUUGUGAUCAAGCUAUCGGUGCUAACUUCGGAAUAACUAGCAAUGGCCUUGGUGGCGGCACUAACUCUACUACUGCUACUACUACUACUAACAUCAGCAUCGGUGGUGGCGGAAGUUCAUCCACACUCGGCAUCACCACACCCUCGUCACUAGCUCUAAGACGCCCCAGUGCUAACAUAAAUCCCAGUUCUAGUUCUAUCCCAAUGAGUGAAACGGGUUCGCUGGAUCGGAUGAAGUCGGCGGCGGAACGGCGGAAGAAGGGAGCCAUGGACAGCGACAGCGGAGCGAUGCCUACCGUCUCGGGACGGGUGGAAGGAACCCGAGUGAACACCGGGCUGAUCAUCGAUGAACUGUUGAAAAACACUAAACUGGAUCACCUGGAGGAGUCGGGAACACCCGCCGGUCUGGCUCUGUACAUCAGCAGUGACGGUACGACCACCCUCGGCAGUCACGAAGUCAAAUCCCGGAUGCCAGCGGGAGUGCUGAGGCAGGUGGUAAUGGAAAAUCCAAGAUAGUAGCAAAAGUAGACCCGACCAUCACACCAUGCACAGACAGCAGCGACGCCGUUGUCCACCACCAUCCACCAAAAUGCAAUAUUAGCCCGCGUAGAUGCCCCUGCAGCCGCCAUUGCCGUCGUAUUGCGCAUAUGCUUCCCAGCGUUACAUUUAGUGAGAGUGAAAGAUGUAGAAGAUAAGACGAGUCGUAUGAUUAAAACAUCUGUGAAGUAACUGCUGUAGAAUGUAUUCUCUGUCACUGCUAUCGGUUCGGUUUUCAGCUAGGAUAUGUAGAUAGUACCGUUAUUAUGUUUUCUGUUAUCAACCGUAGGAAAAUCGAUCGCUGAAGCAAUUGCAAACUAAUGAAAUUAUCCUUCAGUAACAGAUUCAUUACACUUCAUUUUGAUGAGUUUUUAGACAGUUAGAAUUAUUUAUUUACCUUUGUUAAGUAGGGUUCUUUUUCGUUACGCCAUCAAGUGUGUAAGCAACUGCAAAAAAAAAACGAAUAAAGUUUUAAGCCUGAAAUUUGAUUAAAGCAACAACAAAAUGAAACAUGCUGUGAAUUUUAGACAAGCAAAUGAUACACAAUUUACAAACGAGUCAUUCAAAACGUACACUUCCGUGAGUAAUUUCCGAGGUCAUUGUGAAAAUAUUUCACAAACAUAUGGGAACCUUCCGCUAUUAUUAUUAUUAUUUUUUUUUUUGCGUUUCAGUAUAUAAUUUUACUUGUAGUUUUAAAAACGUUAGCUAUUUUUUCAAUUCGCUCAGCUGUACUGGAAGUGAGUAAGUGGAAUGGUUCGCAAUAAAUGGUCAGAAAAACAUGUAUUAAUUAUUUUCGUUGUGUACAUACAAUGUAAAGUAUUUAAUAA